UAGAUUCAGGUGUAAAAAGAAACAAAACAGAGAAGCCAAAAACGAAUUCUUUUUAUAUUGCGAUGCCUCCGACGAAUGUCUCCGGCGAGCCACCGUAUACCUCGGCGUCUCCACCACCGCCAAAGCCGAAAACGAAAAUUCUCUCUCUAUUCCUCGUAGGCGUUAUCAUGAUAUCAAUAUUCUUUCUCUUCCUCCUCCUUCUCGGCAUCGCAUCUCUUCUUCUUCUCCCUUUCAUCCUCUCUUCUCUCCAUCGCCACCUACGACGUCGCUGACGUAACCGCCGACAUGUAUCCUCGGAUGGGUUAUCUUCAAGAUUCGUUAAAAAGAUUCCGCAAUUUAAAUUCUACGAACCCACCACACGGCACGGAAGCGAUUGCGUGGUUUGUCUUGAUGGGUUCAGACAGGGACAAUGGUGUCGGAACCUUCCCGGUUGCGGACACGUGUUCCAUCGGAAGUGUGUGGACACUUGGUUGCUCAAAGCCGCGAGUUGCCCAAUUUGCAGAGCUAGGGUUAGGUUGAGGGAGGAAGAUGCUCUAAAACCAAUAUUCAUAAUCUUUUCAUUUCUAUUUCUCUUGAAACCCCAUGGCUUCCUUCUUGAAUGUUCUAAAAGAGGUUAUGUGUAUCUUACAUGAAUCUGGCAAACUCUUUCUCAAGAACAAGAAGUUGAUGUUCUCUGUCUUUGUAUUCCCUCUGUUUCUCAAUGGUUUAGUUUAGUUGUUCAACGUCUUUGCCAUCAAACCCGAC